AUGAGGAUGUGUAAGUUCUUUAGAACUCUACACCAGGGGGACAUUGGAUUCAGAGGGCAACCUGGAAUGCCAGGGCCUGCAGGAAAAGCGGGGCCCCGCGGUGAUAGGGGCCAUCAAGGUUUCCGAGGGCCAAAAGGUGAUGUGGGGCCACCAGGUUCAAACGGAGCUCCCGGGAGUGUUGGCCCUCGAGGAGAACCUGGCAUUCCUGGGAAAGACGGAAGUGAUGGAGCACAUGGACUGGACGGUGAGAAGGGCGCUGCUGGUCAUUCUGGUGCUCCUGGAGAGAAAGGCCCUCACGGACUCCCUGGACUACCUGGAAACAUGGGCACUAAAGGAGAAAAAGGCCAACCUGGAAGCCCUGGAGAAAUGGGAGAGUCUGGUCCUUCAGGAGAACCAGGUGUACCUGGAAAUCAAGGUAUCCCUGGUGAGGGAGGUCAACCUGGUCCAAGAGGCUCUCCUGCUAAGGAAGAUGACUUUGACAUUGAUGUGCAAGCUCUGUUGCCAAGACAACAAGGGAUGAAAGAAUUUUUAAGAAUAAAAGAUCCAGAUAUCAUAUGGGAGCACCUCCCUAAUUCAAUGAAAUAUAUGGAAGAGGAG